UUUCGCGUUUUUCAAGUAAUUUAUUGCAUUUGCUUUUAUUAAACAAUUUGUAAUUUUAUCUAUUCUUUAAAUAUAUGGCACAUCACUUAUGACUCAUUUCAGAACUGGGAACUAACCAAAAAGGAUGUCAUUCGUGUAACAAAUCAUACAAAUGACAAAUCAACCCGACCUAACAAUGGCGGCGGAUGGAGAAGAUGUAAUAACGGAUCAAGAAAAAGUGCGAAUAGUUUCCGAUUUUAUUCUCCAUUCACCUCCUGGUGAAUUUAACGAAGUAUUCAAUGAUGUGAGAAAGUUAUUAAGUAACGACGAUCUUCUCAAAGAAGGCGCGAGUGGAGCGUUCGCUCAAUACAAUAAAGAUCAACUAACUCCUGUUCGACUUGAAAAUGAUUCUUUAGUUUUGAUAACAGAAUAUAACGAUUUGGGCAACAGCCGAUUUUACGAUCCUCGAACCAAACAGUCGUUCAAAUACGACCAUUUACGAAAAGAUGCAUCAGAUUAUCAACCAUAUUCGCUAGAUACAGUAGCAGAAAUUUGGAGGUCAGCUUUAGAUACAGAAUUCGUACAGUACACAAAAAAUCACUUUAAAGAUGGUGUAAGUAGUGUGUUUGGUAGAAGCCUGCCAGGAGGAAUCAUACAGUUAACAGCCUGCAUUGAAGAUCAUCAAUUCCAACCUAAGAAUUAUUGGAAUGGUAGAUGGAGAUCCGUUUGGUUUUUAACAUUGAAUGGAAGUUCAACAGCCGAGUUAAAAGGCAUUUUGAAGGUUCAAGUACAUUAUUAUGAAGAAGGUAAUGUUCAGUUAGUUAGCUCCAAAGAAAUUAAAGAGACUGUGGUGGUAUCAAAUGAGAUACAAACUGCUAAAGAAGUAGUGCAACUGAUUGAAGAUGCAGAGAAUCUGUACCAAACAGCAAUUUCAGAAAACUAUCAGACCAUGUCAGAUACAACAUUCAAGGCACUGCGUAGACAACUGCCAGUCAUAAGAACUAAAAUGGAUUGGAACAAAAUGGUAACCUACAGCAUUGGAAAGGAGCUUAAAACACAAUGAUGUGAGGAUUAUUACAUAGAAGAGGCUCAUUUUCAAAGUAAUGUAACAAGACAUUUAAUAAUUGCCUUUCCACUAUGCUUAAAAAAAUACUUUCAGUGUAAAUAUCUACAGCAUAAUUUUUUAUUAGUAUAUUGAAUAGUUGUGGAAAGGGUAGCCAAUUCGUCUUUACAUAUAUAAAAUAAAUUAUGAUGCUAAAUAAUAAAUUAUCAUUGAUGGUAAUUAUAGCUUGCUUGCUAUAAAGUUAAUGUUUUAAUGAAUUGUAAUUUUAUAGUCUUCUAUUAAUUUUAUCCUCAUAUUUUUAUAGUAUUAUUCAAUGAAGAAGUUGAUUAUAUGUAAAUAUAGAAAAAAUACAGUUGAAAUUGUACCAAUUCAAUAAUUAA